AUGGCGUCUUGCCCUCUGUUCCUCCUAGCCCCACAACCUCCUCCUCCGCUCGUCACCGCCCGCCACUGCCCCUCGCCUCUCUCUGGCCGCGCACACCCCCGAAUUAGCUACGGUGCCCCCCGCCUCCGCCGCCGUCAGAGCUGCCGCUGCUCCUCCUCCCCCUCUUCUUCUUCUUCAUCCUCGUCCGGCCCUCGCGAGCGCUCUCCGAGGCCUCGGCAGCAGAAGCAGCGAACGGAGCAGCGGCCCGGCCGCGGCAGCGCCGUGGACCCCGUGGGCUUCCUCGUCAAGACUGGCGUCUCCGACCGCGCAUUCGCCCAGUUCCUUCGCGACCGGCACAAGGCUUUGAAGGACCGCAGAUGGGAGCUGUACUCUCGGUUUAUUGAUCUAAAAGAGGGGUCCUCUGGGUAUGAGUUAUUGGGAAUGCACCGUCAUCGGCAGCAUCGUGUGGAUUUCAUGGACUGGGCACCAGGUGCUCGGUAUUGUUCUCUGAUUGGUGACUUUAAUCAGUGGUCGGCAACUGAAAACUGUGCACGAGAAGGCCAUUUGGGACAUGAUGAUUUCGGGUAUUGGUUUGUGAUACUUGAAGAUAAGCUCAGAGAAGGGCAAGAACCAGAUGAAUACUUUUUCCAGGAGUACAAUUAUGUGGAUGAUUAUGAUAAAGGUGACAAUGGUGUUGAUGCUAAAGAUUUAAUCCGUAGAAUGAAUGAAGAGUAUUGGGAACCUGGAGAAGUUACGUCACGCAAGUCUCGGUGGGAGACAGUUGCAAAGCUAUACGAGCAGAUGUUUGGCCCAAAUGGUCCGCAGACAGAAGAAGAGCUAGGUGAAAUACCUGAUGCUGAAACCAGAUAUAAAAACUGGAAAGCCACACAAAAGGAUGAGUCAUCCAGUUCAUCGCCUUCCUACGAUAUCAUUGAUACUGGGCAGGAGUUUGACAUUUUCAAUGUUGUAACUGAUCGAGCAUCGUUUGAAAAGUUUCAAGCAAAGGCAACUCCUCUUGCUUACUGGGUUGAAAUGAGGAAAGGAAGAAAAGCCUGGAUAGAGAAAUAUGUUCCAGCGAUUUCUCAUAAAGACAAGUACAGGAUUUAUUUUAAUACUCCUGAUGGUGCUUUAGAACGCGUGCCUGCUUGGGCAACUUAUGUUCUUCCAGACGCAGAGGGGAUGCAAUCCUAUGCAGUACAUUGGGAGCCUCCUCCAGAAGAAAUUUACAAAUGGAGAUUUGGACGACCGAAAGUCAAAGGUUCACUUAGGAUAUAUGAAUGUCAUGUUGGAAUAAGUGGAUCUGAGCAAAAGAUAUCAUCGUUUCAAGAGUUCACAUCCAACGUACUACCUCACAUAAAAAAUGCUGGAUAUAAUGCUGUUCAAAUAAUUGGAGUCGUGGAGCACAAGGAUUACUCCUCCGUUGGCUAUAAGGUCACAAAUUAUUUUGCAGUCAGUAGCAGAUUUGGCACCCCAGACGACUUCAAGAAACUAGUGGACGAGGCACACGGUCUUGGGUUGCUGGUUCUUAUUGAUAUUGUCCACUCCUAUGCAUCAGCGGACGAAAUGGUUGGGUUAUCCCUUUUUGAUGGGUCUAACGAUUGUUACUUCCACAGCGGGAAAAGAGGGCAUCACAAAUACUGGGGCACUAGAAUGUUCAAAUAUGAUGAUGUUGAUGUUCUGCACUUCUUGCUGUCUAAUUUAAGUUGGUGGGUUACCGAAUACAAGAUCGAUGGAUUCCAGUUUCACUCACUCUCUUCUAUGUUAUAUACCCACAAUGGUUUUUCUACAUUUACUGGUGCCAUAGAAGAGUAUUGCAAUCAAUACGUUGACAAGGAUGCGCUGAUAUACCUAAUUCUAGCAAAUGAGAUGUUACAUGAACUCCAUCCAGAUAUUAUAACAAUAGCAGAGGAUGCAACAUAUUAUCCUGGGUUGUGUGAACCAACCACCCAAGGCGGAUUAGGAUUUGACUACUGGGCCAAUCUUUCUAUUCCAGAAAUGUGGUUGUGGCAUCUUGAAAAUGUUCCAGAGCGAGAGUGGAGCAUGAACAAGAUUAUGAAAGUAUUGAUAAGCAGCAACCAUCAUAUGCUAUCUUACGUUGAAAAUCACAACCAGUCGAUAUCAGGGCGGAAGUCUUUUGCCGAGAUAAUUCUUAAUACAGGAAUGUACUCUAGUGGGUCAGUGGAUGAUGAUUUGAUUUUCAAGGCUUCCUCAUUGCUCAAGAUAAUCAAGUUGAUUACUUUUACAACGAGUGGAGGUGCAUAUCUCAAUUUCAUGGGUAAUGAAUUUGCUCAUCCAAAGAGGAUUGAGUUUCCCAUGUCAAGCAAUGGCUAUUCCUUCCACCUAGCUUGUCGGCAGUGGGAACUAUUGGACAAGGGUGUUCACAAGCAUAUUUUCAAUUUUGACAAAGAUAUAAUGAGCUUGGAUGAAAAUGAAAGGGUAACUUCGAGAGGUUCACUCAAUGUUCAUCACUGUGACGAUACAAACAUGGUGAUAUCUUUCACAAGGGGGCCUUUCCUUUUUGUAUUUAAUUUCAAUCCAGAAGUCCCCUAUCAACUGUAUCGUGUUGGUGUGGAUGAAGCUGGGGAAUACCAACUUAUCUUAAACACGGAUGAAACUAAAUAUGGUGGCCGUGGGGAACUCAAGAGUAGUCAGUAUAUGAAAAAGACUAGUGACAGAAGAGCUGAUGGCUGUCGCAACUCCUUGGAAUUGGCAUUAGCAUCUAGAAGUGCUCAGGUAUACAAGUUGGUCCGAAUCUUGAGAAUAUAG